UAAUAAUAAUAAUAAUAAUAAUAAUAAUAAUAGAUCGUCAUUAAAAUUUCUUCGCAUCAAUGUUCGAAAAAGCUUGCGCCCCGCCUAUCGCGCUUUCAUCCCGGUGAUAAAGAUAUCGAAGCUUCGCCGUGGAUACCAGCGUCCAGACAUCGGCAUACGCGUAAACAAGCAACGUUCAUUGAGCCGCCGUUCCAGAUGCACAGAUCUUCGAGGAGUGCAAGCUGUUGUCAAUCGAGGACGAGGAGAUGCCGCGAUCCGCGGAGCCUCGCGAGGCCGAGGAUUCAGAGCCGAGAAAGCCGGAGCCGGCCCCCAAGCGCAAGCUCCCCCUACGUCGUAGGAUCGACGUGGCGAAGCGGGCGCGCGACCGGGGCGAGAGCUACGAGACUCCCGGCGGCAAGUGGAUGCCACAACGGGAGCAGCGUCCGCCCUGCACCGACGGCUGCCGCCUCAAGUGCAGCCAGCGACUAUCGUCCAAGGAUCGCCUCGAGAUAUUCCAGACGUUCUGGAGCAUCGCCGAUCACGCGGCCCAAUGGAACUUCAUCGCGCGCAACAUGCGCGUCACCCCGAAGGAGAAGUGCACGACGGUGCGCGGCGAGUCGCGGCGGUCCUUCACCCGCACGUACUACUUUCAGCCCCGGACGAACCGCGAGCAGGUCUGCAAGACCAUGUUCCUCAAUACCCUCGGCAUAUCGAACGCGUGGGUGGCGACCGUAUGCAAGAAGCUCACCCUCAACGGAUUCGUCAGUGACGACGGCCGGGGCAAGAUCGGCCACAGGCGCAAGAAGCUCGUCGAGCUCGUCUGAGGCCCGAGCCUACGGGCAAAUCUGUGAUAUCUCGUCUUCUUGUAAUCAUCCAUCCGCCAAGCAUUUUUACACCAUAUUUAGCCCCGGAUACGACCAAUCCAUCGAGCUUUUGUAUCGUAUUCGACGAGACUCGUGACGACGAUUGGGCCCCCGCUUCCCA